AUGAUAAAAAGUGAUAUUAUGUAUAAUUUAAACGUAGACUUGGCUACUUCGGCCCAAAACGCCGUCAACAGCCUCCUGGUAGAUAGUACAUCAAGCACGCCGCGUACGCCAGAGAUCCUAAAUUCCCUUAUAGCCAUGACCAAUCCCCUGGACAACUAUUCCUUUGACGAUUCCACGAAAAAGACACCGACCAAUGGUACAGCGAAUGGGCAUUUCAAUUCCAGUAGUGAUUCCAACAGCUCAAGUAGCAGCCAGGUGGAAUCACCAACGACGAACCCACCAAGUGUCCAACAUACUUGUUCCCAACUCAUUAAGGCUGGACUCAAACUAACGAUCGAGCAAAAACGAAAACAGCAGAGCGACGGAGAAGAUCUUCUCGACUUGGAUAAAAUAAAGAAGAUAAAGAAAAACGACUAUAGCGAAUCAGAAGAGGAUAAAAUAAAAACAGAAAACGGGUUAACGGCGGAAGACGAAGAAAGGCGAAGACGAAGAAGGGAACGUAACAAAAUCGCUGCAACGAAAUGCCGCUUGAAAAAAAGAGAGCGUACUGUUAACCUCAUCCAGGAAUCCGAGACCUUAGAAUCACAAAACAUUGAACUGAAAAGCCAAGUUCAGGAGUUACAGGCGGAAAAGCAAUCGUUGAUGAACAUGUUGUCCCUCCACAGGCCGCAGUGUCAGCACAAUAUUGGUCCAGUGACACGAGAUCAUAUCUACAGGCUUCCCCCAGUAAACACGGUCAUGGAAACGCACUCAUACAGCAGACCCUCUUCUGUAGAUCACACCAUAUACAGAACACAAAACCUCGAUUUCUGUACGCGGCCCACCAGUGUUGGGUUAGUGAAUCACCUCACUUACUCAAAACCUAAUUAUAAUAAACCGCCCAGUAUAAUAGUAGAAGAGAUAAACGAAAAUUACGAACUAACUCAGUUCACUAACCUCGACAGUUACCCUUAUAGUUCGUCCUAUAGUAACUCAGGUAUGGACAAUGGUUGUAUGGCGUGA